GUUGACGCUGGCAGACCGGCUUUACUUUUGCAGGAAUAAUUCAAUGAGUUUACAAAAAUGCAAAUACUGAAUAAUUCAUGCAUGCCAAAGUUGAGAGAGCGCAUAAACAAAACGUUAACUCCACGACAACGAAUAUACUAGCGAUAGUUACGGUUGAGGUACAACUCCGCCUAGUAACUAAAUGCAUACAUAAGUACGUGUGUGCGUACGAAACACAUUUGGGUGUCAUCAUACGCCCACGCGAAUAUUUGUUCCCAGCAAAAUAAAUAGUAAAUAAAAGUAUACGCAUCACCAGAAAAUUCGAUGGACAGCAGAAGGAUGGCUUAACAGAUCAAAUCUUAAAUGAGUUAAACCUUGGAUAGGUAAAUACUUUCGCUUGUUGCUUUCUAAUAAAAAUACAAGAGCUUUAACGGGUUGCAGCGAAAUAACUGUACAUAUUGUAAAAUGCAAAAUGCCACCAACUCAGCAACAGGCAUUAUUGUUGCUAAAUAUUUCGAACGGCAUGUAUUCGGCUCCAAAGAAUUAUGGCUUAAACAAAAGUACGGAAACUUCAUUAACGAGUGUUUCGAACACAAUAGGUCCACAAUUAAGCUCCACUGUAACAACAACUACCACGUUCGUAAGUGCCUCAACAAUUAACAACAGCCAAUUGGGGACGGUCGAUGGGUGUAGCAGCACUGCAGUUACUGAAAAGUUCUACUGGAGCCACUUUGGAAUACAGCUGGCAGUGCCCGAAUGGGAAGCUAUCCUUACUACCAUAGUGCUCUCCGUUAUAAUAGUACUAACUGUAAUUGGGAAUGUACUAGUCAUUUUAAGUGUAUUCACCUACAAGCCGCUACGAAUAGUCCAAAACUUUUUUAUUGUUUCACUGGCCGUAGCCGAUCUAACGGUCGCAUUACUCGUAUUACCAUUCAACGUAGCGUACUCGAUACUUGGACGUUGGGAAUUUGGUAUACACGUUUGUAAGAUGUGGCUAACUUGUGAUGUUUUAUGCUGUACGUCGUCAAUACUCAAUUUGUGCGCAAUCGCCCUCGAUCGCUACUGGGCCAUAACGGAUCCCAUUAAUUAUGCUCAAAAGCGUACAGUCGGUCGUGUUCUGCUAUUAAUAGCCGGUGUUUGGAUAUUGUCAUUAGUAAUAAGUUCACCACCGCUAGUAGGAUGGAAUGACUGGCCGGAUGAAUUUACAAGUGCCACACCGUGUGAAUUAACCUCUAAUCGAGGUUAUGUGAUAUACUCUUCAUUGGGAUCGUUUUUCAUUCCCUUAGCAAUAAUGACUAUCGUAUACAUCGAAAUCUAUAUUGCAACCAGACGACGACUACGUGAACGGGCCAAAGCUUCGAAAAUUAAUACUAUUGUAAGGAAGAGUGGUGAUAAGGACACUUCGGCCGUAAAUAACGCAAAUGUCAGACGAGAAAGCUAUGCUCUAGGCUCUUUUUGUUUGGCAAUAUUGAGUUGCGGCAAAUCCUCGGUGCAGUCAGCCUCGUCAGUGGCGAUACAAAAUGAUCAAGACUCGGUUAGCAGUGAGACGAAUGCCAAUAACGAAAUACAGGAUGUGGACAAUAAGCAGGAAACAGAGCAACGUAUAGUUGUUGUGGCACAACGAACGAAAAAAACGCGACGUGCUAAAAUUAAGGAUUCUAUAAAACAGGGAAAAAUGCGAGUUAAAAAACAACAGCAACAACCAAAAAACGUUGAUGAACCGAACGACGAUAAAAAGAAGGCUUCUGUUGACUUAGCUGGCACAGACGAAUUACUCCUCAUGGUCGCCGAAAGUAAAGAAUUAGAAAAUUUCGAGAAUUCAGCAAGCUUACGGAAACUUGCUGCCGAGUGCACAGAACCAAUCGAUUCAAACAAUGACGAUAACACUUCGCUGAAAAUAACGCCGCCACAAUCUUCAACAGGCGCCACAUCCACUGCGGCUAUGCCGUUACAGAAGAAACCCGCAGGCGUAUAUCAAUUCAUUGAGGAAAAACAGAAGAUAUCACUGUCAAAGGAAAGACGAGCUGCACGCACAUUGGGUAUUAUUAUGGGUGUGUUUGUUAUUUGUUGGCUACCUUUUUUUCUGAUGUACGUCAUCCUGCCUUUCUGCGAUUACUGCUGCCCAACAAACAAGUUAAAGAAUUUCAUUACAUGGUUGGGCUACAUAAAUUCGGGUCUAAAUCCAGUUAUUUAUACAAUAUUCAAUUUGGACUAUAGGCGUGCGUUCAAAAGACUUCUCGGAUUUAAUUAAAGGGAUUCAUAAAUGUUAAUACUACUGAAUGUCGAUAUAGGUUUACUUAUUUCAAUGUUAGUAAUAAGGUAUAUGA